AUGGAUGGUUCUCAAUUGCAGCGGAGACGGUCCAGGAGACUUAAACGGCGCUAUAGAAGUGAGAGCGGGAGCAGUUUCACUACAGGGAGUGGUAACUUUUUCAGCGAGUCAGGUGGGAAUACCGAUAAUGACAGCUACUACAGUGAGAUGGAGCCGAUUAUGAGUGGCGACUUUUCGCAUAUGGGCAGCCCCUCGCCAAAGAUCAGGCGCAGCAGGCCAUCUAUGAGAAGGAGGACAUCUCUCAGUGACCGCUCGAGAGGUGAGGCCGCUCCGAAGAAACGGUGGAGUGAUUCUCGGAAGGUUGUGUUUAUCUUUGGUGCGUUUCUGGGUUUGGUGAUCCCAGCUUAUUUUGGUGCGUCGCAUGUCCAUAGUCAGAAUAAAGAUUUGUUCGAUAACCUUGUGAAUUUUGAGAACGUCAGGGACUACGUGGACGACUGGAAGACCGUAUUGCCACAAGGCGUGUCAAGUUUCUUUUCGGAUUUGCAAAACGUUGUGCUCCCCACGAGUUCUUUGGAGAAGAACCUUCAACACUCGUUUGCUGUAGGUAAUCAAUUGACCGAGGAGAUUGGAGCCAAAGCGAAGCAUCCAGUGGUACUGGUCCCCGGUGUCACUUCUACGGGGAUUGAGAGUUGGGGGGUGUCCGAUGUCGAUGGCUGUGACUCAUCCACGCAUUUCAGGAAGCGGAUGUGGGGGUCCUUCUACAUGCUGAGAACUAUGGUGCUAGACAAAGUUUGCUGGCUGAAACACGUCAAGUUAGAUCCGAAGACAGGGCUGGACCCUCCAAACGUUCGGUUACGUGCAGCGCAAGGUUUUGAGGCCUCCGAUUUUUUCAUUGCUGGGUAUUGGAUUUGGAACAAAGUCAUUGAGAACCUCGGUGCUAUCGGGUACGAUCCGGACAAGAUGGUUACCGCGGCUUACGACUGGCGGCUGGCAUAUUUGGAUCUGGAGGUGCGGGACAGAUACUUUACGAAGCUUAAAAGUCAAAUCGAGGUUCUGUACGAUUUGAGCGGGGAAAAAGUUGUCCUUGUAGGCCAUUCCAUGGGGUCCCAGGUCAUCUUCUACUUCUUGCAAUGGGUGGAAGCAAAAGGUAAGUUGUAUGGGAAUGCAAAUGAUGGUUGGGUUGAUAAACACAUUGAUUCAUUCAUCAACGUUGCUGGUACUCUGCUGGGCGCGCCGAAAUGUGUCCCCGCGCUGAUCAGCGGUGAAAUGAAGGAUACCAUCCAGUUGAACACUUUGGCCAUGUACGGGCUAGAGAAGUUUUUCAGUAGGAAGGAGAGAUUGCAAAUGUUGCAAACUUGGGGAGGGAUCCCCUCCAUGUUACCCAAGGGUGGAGACAUGAUUUGGGGGAACGCGUCCUUUUCACCAGAGGACGCGCAGCACAACAAUACGGACACCUACGGCAAUUUCAUCCGUUUUGAAAGAGUCGUAAGCGACAAGUUCAGCAACUUGACCAUGGACGGCUCGCUGGAACUCGUAAACAAGUUGUCCCCCUCCUGGUUGCAAGAGCGCAUCCGCGAUCAGUACACCUUCGGCUACUCGAAAACAAAGGGAGAACUAAAAAAGAACAAAAAGCACCACCGCCACUGGUCUAACCCACUGGAGGUGGCCCUUCCGAACGCUCCGGAUAUGAAGAUAUACUGCAUCUACGGUGUGAACAACCCGACGGAGCGCGCGUACGUGUACAAGGAGAGCGAUAACCGCACGGCGUCCACGUUGAACCUGACAAUAGAUUACGACAGCAAGAUGCCCGUGUUCUUCACCGAGGGGGACGGCACGGUCCCGAUCAUCGCGCAGGCCAUGUGCCACAAGUGGGCGCAGGGGGUGUCCCCAUACAACCCUAGCGGGAUGAACGUGACAAUCAUCGAGAUCAAACACGAGCCGCAGGGGUUCGACAUACGCGGCGGCGGCAAGAGUGCCGAGCACGUCGACAUCCUGGGCAGCGCAGAACUCAACGAGUACAUCCUGCGCAUCGCCAGCGGCCACGGCAACACCGUCCGCAGCCGCCAGCUCACCAACAUGACCCAGUGGGUCCGCAAGUUGCAGUUCCCCAUGUAA